AUGCCAAUAACACCUAGACUCGUCAAGCAUACCAUCGCUUUGGUAAUACUUGUCAUUCUAGCGAACAACUCUCUCCUCUUCGCUUUGGUCAUUAAGCCAUUCUCAGAAGAUAGAGCAUGGAAAUUAGCAUGUUGGACCGGGGAAUGGUUUUGGACGUAUAUGCAGAAUCAUUGGGAAAUCACACUCAACGCUAAAGAAGCGGUAGAAGUGACAGGCGAUGAAAUACCCCAGAAGGAAAGUGCUAUGAUUAUAACUAAUCACUUGGGUUAUUCCGACUAUUAUUUACUCCAGUAUCUAUCUUGUAGAGCAGGAAUGUUAGGAAGCUCAAGGUAUUUCGUAAAGAAGGAAAUUCUGAGAAUACCUUUUUUCGGUUUAGCUUUUUGGUCAAUGGGAAUGAUCCUGGUUUCUAGAGAUUGGACAAGUGAUAAAAGGACAUUACAAGACGCGUUUUUGCGAAUCACAUCGAAUUCUCAUCCAUGUUGGAUCAUCAUGUGUCCUGAAGGUACGAGACGAACACCUUCCAAACUUGUCAAAUCUCAAGCAUUCGCGAGGAUGAAAGGAAAGCCUGAGUUAUCACAUCUGUUAUUUCCUAGAAGUAAAGGAUUCGUAUGUACCAUUCAAGCGCUGAGACAUUCCCAUAUCAAAUAUGUUUAUGACACCACUCUACUUUACUCCUCUCCUGGAAAAGAUAAAUGGAGAAUACCCUCUUUGGCUGAACAACUGAGUUGCGAGGAUAUGACGAAGCAGGGAUACAAGUUCAGAAUACACGUAAAGAGGAUACCCAUUUCCGAAUUGCCCGAAGGCGAGAAAUCGCUCAAGGAGUGGUGUGAGGAGAAGUGGAAAGUCAAAGAUGACUUAUUAGACGAUUGGAUGACUGAGUCGAAACGAGCCAAUGGUCUGAAUGACCAUCAUGAACAAAACGGGCACAUAUGA